GUCUGGAUGUUAUGGACGACUCUUGGAACCAGUUUUCAGUCUAUUAUUUAUAGAUGAUUAAUGGUCAUAGCUUAUUAACUACAACAUGAUCGUUUAUUUAGUGACGAUAAUUGUGUGAAACUGAUUUGAGGCUUGGCAUAUAUAUAAAUAUUGUGGCGUUAUUGUCGAGAUAUAUGGAGAUAUUUAUUUAUGGUGGGUCACCCUACGGCAUUUAGCCAAUUAUACUACACAAAUUACCUCAUCGCCCCAGAUGGGUGUAGGUGGAUGCCAGGAUAUUGGUGUACUAGUAUACUAGUGUACAGCAGUUUUCUUUAGUUAAAAGGCUAUGUUAAAAAUGUUUACAUGCCCCAUAUCGUUCAAGUGGGAGAGAUCUACAUUCUUUGUCGCUUUAUAAUACUGUGCAAUCAUGCACAUCGUCUAAAUAUAACCCAGUAAACAACCAAGCUACACGAGAUCAGACGUCGUGAAAGAAUUCACGGAAUAUGUUUUAUUUAUCUUAUAUCUACAAUGAUCAUGAAGAACCCGAUAAGUGGUCUGUAAUAGGAUUAAAAGAAAUUUAAAACCCUGUUGAGAUUUUGUUUUGGAAAAUCCUAUAUCUGCAAAUCAAACACCUUUAAAAAGCCAAUAUUUAGUUGGAUGUUUAUUGUAGCUGAGUACACAUGUAAGGUAAUUUACAUCCGGACAAUAUGAGAACAAUAUUACUAGUACUCUGUUUCUAUGGAUGUCUACCUGGAACAUACUCACAGGACCAGAUCCGAUAUCCUGAAGAUGCCAGUGUAUAUAUUGGUGGAUUCUUUAAUGUUUAUGUCUCAGGAGGACCCAGUGGUUGUUCCAAUACUGUUGAUCCAUAUUCUAUACAGGAAUUUGAAGCUGUGAGAUGGAUCAUAGAUAAACUGAAUAACAACGCAUUUUUACCCGGAGGGCAUAAAAUAGGUAUACACGCUUUUGAAACAUGUGGAAUGCCAGAAAGAGCUGUGUCUAGUGCAAUUCAGUUAUCACAGACUUAUAAUAAUGAUAACCAAUCCGCUGUUCUGUUUUCUAUACUUGGUCCAACAUUUAGUUCCGAAACUAAAGAUAUGUCACGUCUGUUUAGUACUUUACCAGAGGCCGAUCGCCUGUUGAUGUUGAGUUACGGAGCUACUUCAUCCAAGCUCGCGGACCAGUCCAUUUAUAAAAACCUUUAUAGAGUUAUCCCCCCUGAUUCUGUUCAAGUUCAAGUGAUGUUACAGCUUAUGUUAGAAUUAAAAUGGAAUUAUGUUGGAAUAAUUUAUGAAGACAUUGCUUAUGGUCAUGAUGCAGCGCAAGAACUCAGAGUACUGGCAACAGCUAACGGCAUCUGUAUUCCAGUUUACCAUUCUUUCAAUAGCGCCAACAGUGAGGAAAGCUUUAAAGCUUUCCUUAAGGAUGUUCUGGAUCUGAAACUAGGUGGAAUAAUCUAUAUCGGGGAUGAUGGUCUUGUAAAAUCAUUUCUGGAGCUGUCCACGUCGAUAAGUCAUGAUACUGAAAUAAUUAUGUCCGAAUCAAAUCGACUAAGCUCAUAUUACCUCAAAAGAAUAGCCAAUGACUAUUUUCCUAUAGCGCGAGGCAUGCUUGUAACAAGUACCCCUAAAAUUGACAUUCAUGAAUUUGAUGACUAUUGGAGGAACAUCCUUACCAGGAAGUUUAGUCACACUUGGCUAAAUGUUAUGCCAAAUAUAGCACAACAGAUUCCCCAGCAAUCUGUUUAUAUAAAUUAUGCGGUAAAAGGAAUUUUGAUAUUAGCCAAUCUAUUUAAGCAACUUCAACAAGAGACCUGCACGGACGUCAACGAUAUAAUCUGUUCCCAGCUGAGGCGUUUACCCAAGCAGACCUACAUCGAUGAACUGGGUCGAUCCAGAACGAAUCUUUCCGAAGCAUUUCCCUUUACCGAUCAGAUGUUCUUGAACACAGUAUCACAGGAUAUAACCUUUGGGGAAAAUCGAGAAAUCAUCUACGGUCCCGAGUAUCAAACGUAUGAAGUUUAUAAUUUCCAACAAUGUAAUAGACUGAAUGACUGUGAAUUUGUUAAGGUCGGUAAUUACAAAGACGAUAUUCUGAAAAUAAACAAAAGUGUUAUACAAAGUUAUCCACUUGGAGAAAACCAAGGACCUUACAAUCAGCAACCAACUGCCCAAUGUCCUAACGGAACCGACUGUAUCAAAUGUAUUCCGUCUGAUAUAUCUGACCAUGUGAUAUUUGUGGAAGGGGAUUGGUACGUUGUGGCGGUUGUCCCUGUGUUUAUACCCGAUGAAACAAAUACAUUUCUCUGUACCAGCACCAUAAGAGAUUCUUUAGGUACUGACCUUGCUGAAAGCAUCAAAUUUUCUAUUGAGGAGAUUAACCAUCCAAACAACACAUUGAUAUCUUCUAAAAAGAAAGUAGGGUUGAUUGUGAUAAAUGGGUGUGCAUCAGAACUUGUAAUUAAAGACAAAAUUUUACGUUUACACAAAGGAACUUAUGAACUCAGACCCGGAAUGAAAAGUUCAGAGAUUAAUCACAGAAUUCUUGGUUAUGUUGGAGGGAUGAGCGGUAGUAUGAGUGGGGCCAUGGCUGAAGUUCUGGCUAAACUUGGUUACGUCCAAGUAUCCUAUGCCUCGACUAGCCCACUUCUAAGCGAUAGAACUCUGUAUCCCUACUUUCUGAGAAUACCUACUGCAGACGACCAGCAAGCAAAAGUCGUUAUUGAUAUAGUUACCUCCCUUGGUUCAAACAUCAUCCAGGUUAUUUACACCGAGGGUGCCUAUGGAGAAGGUGCUUAUUCCACAUUGGAGAAACUUGGCAAGGACGCAGAAGUAUGCGUUAUAGGUCAUAAAGUCCCUGUUACCACCGACUAUACGUUGUAUAAUGGUUUGCUGGCUAAGUUAAGAGAAAUCCCACAAGCUAAGUUAGUGGUGACUUUUGUAAGGUCUCAUGUUAUUAAACAAGUAGUAGAAUCAAUUACUGAAAGAAUGGCGGAAAGUGAAUUCUUAUUUAUUGGAUCUGAAACAUGGGGAAGCAGAGAAAGUGUCAUUCCUGAACAGCAACGCAAAGUUUAUGGUUCACUGAGUAUUGCUUUAGAGUUGCCUCCUAUUCCAGCAUUCAUCUCUUAUCUCACCAAGCAAAAUAUCAAUGACCCAUCUGAUCCAUGGCUCCGUCACUUCUUAGAAAAAAGGGGGAAGUGCAUAUUCACCGGAAGUUUCCAAAGGGCUGGGAAAGACGAAGACAUUGGUAAAACCAAAGAGUGUGACAUAGAAAGUUUAGUGAAGUCACUUUAUGACCAAUGGAUACCAUUUACUGUGGCCUCGACAAGAGCUUUGGUUAAAGGCUUAGAAAAUGUUCUCAGUUCAACAGAAUGUGGCAAGCCUGGAACGUCGUGCCCUGAACAAAAUCCCAUGACGCUGGCAGAUUAUAUGAAGAAGAACGUAAGGUUAGAUUUAUAUGGCAAAGGUAGCCAGGAAAGAGUUUUUGAUGAUAAUGGCGAUGGUGUUGUCAAAUACAAAAUAAUGCAUAUGACUCCUGACGAGAAACCAUAUAUACAAAUUGGGUCGUGGUCAAAGUCACAAGGUAUCAUCUUCAACAAAGGAAUGUUGACUUAUCCGGAAACAGAAUAUAAAUCAGAUUGCUUAACACAAUAUGAAUGUAGCAAGUGUUUCCCACCAACAUCAGUGCAACAACAAACAUCAUCUACAGACUGGUCGAUUUAUGUAAUGGUGAUAUUAGGUUUGCUGUUAUUAGUGACGUUAGUAAUUAUGGCUGUUUUGAUUUAUCAAGUAAGAAAAUUGAAACGGCACAAACACAACGAAAUCUACAACUACCCAGACACCCCUCUUACUGCGAGGAAUUUAAAAACUAAAGGAAGUAAUACAUCAAAGGAUUAUGAUAGCUAUUUGACCCCAAGUUCUGAAGAUGGCACUACAUGUGGUUAUGAGAACGAGAAACCCCCACUGCCAAAACGGCCAAGAUCAACAAUAUCAACGGAUUCGGAUAUUAUUGAUCACAGAAUAUCUUUCUUAAACAUGGAAGAGAAGGAGGCGUCUGUUGGAGGACAGAACAAUUUAGGAUUCGAGAGAAACGUUCAUUGUUCGGAUCAUAUUCAACCCGUGUUCGUUCGUGAUCGAAACGAUUAUGUGAGAGAACUCACUCAGUCGCAGUAUGGACGUGGAGUUGAAGACAGUUUUUAUUUUGAAUUCAGCAACAUUUAAGUAUGGGCAUAUUAUGUCCCCUCUUCUUUUGAGGAUUCGGGGUUUUUUUUCAGAUUCGGUGUGAAGCAUUGGGGUCAUACAGGAUAGAGCCCUAUUGACUUAGCCGAUACCGUGGUUAGCAUAUAUAUGUUAUGUGUCCGGAAAAGCUAGAUUUGAUUUCUUGAAGGAUCCUACAGAUCCUUAUCAAUUUUAAUCAACAUCUAAGUUUAGACAUAGGCACCGUUCGGAGGUAAUUCCGCGCUUUGUGCGCUAUCCUAUUUUGUGCUUCAUGUUUAGAUACAUGAAUCCACUGGAUACACCGAUAGGUGAUUAAUACAGGGAACGAUCGCUAUCUUAAACAAGUCUAAUUACUUUUUAUAGAAGAGUAUCACACGAUAUAUUGGCUAUAUUAUAUUUAUAUGUAUCUAUAUGUAAAUAGAUGGGUAGCUACGUCGUUGGCACCUGAGAAUUAACUGAACGUAUCUUCUCUGUUGGUCAAACAAGUCUUUCGAUGUUGACAGGUUAUAUGUCCUGCAAUGUAACUUUUCGCUAUUAUAGAGGGUUAACUGGGAGAAAUAUCCAAUAAACACCUAGCAGGUCUGUCAUUGAGUCAAGUGGUGUAGUUUCGAUUCCCCGCCUGUAAUUUGGGUUUUCUCCCUCAGCUAAAACCCCGUACCCGAAAGCGAAUUGUUGAAAUAAAAUUAAAACGCGCGUUAAUCCCGCCUACUUUCUGUCGAGUGGACGUUAACCGCAACUUUUUCCUUUCUUCCUUUGUAGAGAUUUUCUCAUUUCACCUAAAUAAUUUACCAGAUGCACCUUGCGUUUUUUAUAUUUCUUAACAAUAAUUCAUGACAUUUUGAAAACUCUAAAUGUUCCCAGAUCCUCGACAUAAAAUCAAUGUACCAUGGAUAAUAUUGUAUAGUAUGUUAGCCUUCAAUGAUAAAACCUUGCUCAAAUAAAAAUAUGUGAAAAAAUGUUUGGAAAAGUGAACUAUGAUGAGAGAAAAUUUGAUAGCCCGUGUUCUCUUAUUGUGUAAAAUAUGGAGAAAGGCGCAAUUAAUCCUCAGUCCACGGGAAUUUCAUGUACCUUUUAUAGUUAUACAAACAAUUAAUGUUUAAAGAGAAAGUCGGUUAUAUUUUUAUACUCAUAAUAUGGUUGUGUAUACACUAUUAAUGUUUGAAGAGAAACCCAAUUAUAUUUUUAUAUUCAUAAUAUGGUUGUAUACAAUAAUAUUAAUUUUUGAAGAGAAAGCCGAAUACAUAUAUAUUUUUAUACUUAUAAUAUGGUUGUAUAUAGAAUAUUAAUGUUUAAUGUUUGAAGAUAGAGCCAGUGACUUUUUAUAUUCAUAACGUGGUUGUACAUACAAUAUUAAUGCUUGAAGGGACAGUCGCAAAAUUUCAACACGUGUGUCCAGACAAAUAAUCCGCGGAUAGAUCUCGACCCAGCCCAGUUUAUGAUUCAACAUUUAAUUUGUCAUUUUCUAUCCGUGUGUCCUUCACCUCACCCACCAAGUACAGCGAGUUAUACUUCUGGACGUAAGUGUUGAAAUUUUGCAAACAGUAGGACGUUAAACCCCAUUUCAUUUGAAAUUUUGUGAUGUUUCCAAAUACAGUGACAGUAGAAUAAUUUGCUUUGAUAAUUGUUUAUUUGUUUUGUUAAAAAUAAUAUAUUGUUAAUUUUUGUGCACCCUUUUUGUUCAUAUUCCUGUUGUGCCAAUAUUAAAUAUUUCGUAAAUAUUUUAAAUAAAUACAAUCUUCAUCUU